UGGCCUAUGGCUCCUGGUUUAAGCACGUUAAGAGCUGGUGGAAGAAAAAAGAAGAACACCCAAUACUUUUCUUACACUAUGAAGAUAUAAAAGAGAAUCCAAAGCAAGAAAUCAAGAAGAUUGCUGCAUUUCUAGAGAAAAGCUUAAAUGAUGAGAUCCUGGAUGAGAUCGUCCAUCACACCUCAUUUGGAAUGAUGAAGGAUAACCCUCUGGUGAAUUAUAAACAUAUUCCAAAUACAGUGAUGGAUCACAGCAUAUCCCCUUUCAUGCGCAAAGGAAUUGCAGGUGACUGGAAGAAUCACUUCACAGUGGCCCAAAAUGAGAAAUUUGAUGCCAUUUAUGGGAAGGAAAUGUCUGGAAGCACACUGCAGUUCCGCACCAACUACUAGAGAACAUCAGCUGCAAUUCUGAAAAAACUAACCUGAAAUUCGUUGACACAGGGCAGUUAUGACUUGACUUGGGCAAUCAAACGGGUUUUUAAAGAACCAGACAUAAUUUUAGAAUUUUGAUUUUUCAGUGUCAUUGUUUAGUUCCCAGUUUUGCUUCUGACUCUGAAAAUCUUCAUUCUGUAAAGUUAAGGCCAAUCAUUACCUUUUUGUAAACUGUUCAUGCCUUUUCCUAGACUACUACUGGCAAGAAAAUAUUUUAGGCUACCCGAUUUCCAUCUAUUUUGGCUGAAAAUGAAGUUUUUCUCCCUGUUACCAUGGCCCAGGAAAUUUGUAAACUGACACUGUAUUUCCUAGCUCUGCCCCAAUUUCCCUUUGCUGAGUAUUUGAUUCUGGACACUCUGUCCCACUGCUGUCUCUGGGUUUCAAGUUGUUCCCUGAGUCAUAGCUCAUGUUCUUGCAAACUCUCUAUUGUGAUAACAUGGUUCAUGUCCCAAGUCAUGUGGUUCAGACUUUGGAACUUUUUAUCCCUAAUCUGAUUAUCCAAAUUUCUAAUCUCUGAAUUUCCAAAGGUGAAAGGUUUACCUGAGUCUCCUUUGUACUCUUCUUCUCAGGCAACAGGAGUUCUACCCUGAGAGCCUGACUGAGGACUGGAACCUGUUCCCUGGGGAGACCACUUCCCACAUCCAACCUGACUGUUAUGAACUGCUGAGAAUUGCCCAGUGUUGUUCACUGGUCUCCAUUUAGGGGAUUCAGUUUAUUUGUUCUUGCUUCCAGUUCCCUGGGCCCUUACUUGUUCUGGAGACAAGUUCUGACACAUGACCACCCCCUGAGCCACAACUGAGAUGGCUACAAUAACUUGGGUUACAAUAUUUUUAUCCAGGGUGAAUCUGUGCUAUAGGCCUCUGCACCAGUAAUAGCUCCUCAAGCUUGUAACUCAUCUUUCCCAAUGCCAGUGGAGGACUGAUCCAAUGCCAAGUGCAAACUUCCAAGGAGUGAUAUGUUUGUGAUUCUGGAGAUAGUUGAGAGUUAUUAUCUAUCAUUUACAUUCAAAUUACUCAGGGAAUGAAUUUGUGUUUAUGCUUCUUAGACACAUGUUUAGUAGUAGUUAACCUUGAAUAGCUCAGGGUAUUGUGAAUCAGUUUCAACUUUCUAGAACACUCUUGUGAACAAGGAGGUAAAGCCAAUCAGGUAUCCAUUUUAAUUAUUAUCUUUCUUAACAAUAAACUAAUGUGGUACAAACUUGUGAUAUUAUGGUCUGUUUUUGAAAAAUAAUUAAAUGUCCCUAAAGUAGCUUUUUAUCUGUGUACUAAAUUGGCUGCAUUAACUGCCUUCACUAACAAUAUGAAAUGAUUUCCACUUUCCUUAGUUUUUCUUGGUGACAUAUAUUUCUGAAACUGCACUUUGUUCAAAACAUUUAAGAGAGUUUUAGCUGUAUCCCAGGUAGUUUUAUAGGUACUGGAUAUAAAUUGGAGAAAAAAUAGAAUUUAGAUUUUCUUUUAACAUGUUGUUGCCUCUUGUUCACUUUAAAUCUAUUACAAAUGACAACACCCUGGUUCACUCGCCUGAGCUCAUGGGCCACUCCACACAGUAGAACUCCAACUGGAAUUCCAGCUGCAGGGGUACCUAUUAUUCCUUAAAAUCAUUCAGUGAACUGCCACCAAGCUACUUUUCCUAAAAUGAUAAAUUUAUCAUUAUUUCUCUUUUUCAGAAGUCAUUGGUGCAAUUUUUAAACAAAACCACUUAUAAUAACCCUCAUUUCUCUUUUCUUAAACCAUAGACUGUAAUUUAAGGACAGUGAUUAUAAGUAGCUGGCAAUGAUGAUUACUGUCUCAUUCAUGGAGCCUCACUAAGCAAGUCAAGGAAUUGUUCUUUUAAGAAGCCAAAGUGUGGCUUAAUUUUUUUCAACAUCACAUUCAAAGCAAGUGCCAGAAUUGGUUUAGAGUACCUAUGUAAUAAGUACCAAUUGUGACUCUUGUCAUUAUUGAUGAAAGUAAAAGAGCCAAAAAGUCUCCCAAGAGAACAAUAGUUUGGAUUCUCCUUUAGUGACUCACUUAAACUUUAGAAAACUGAAUAAACAAGAUGUUUGUUUUCUUAUCUGUAAAAUUAAGUAAUUGGUUUGUGUCUCUUCCACAUUGUAAAGUUAUCUGGCUUUAUUUUAUAUGUGCUUUGUGACAACCAUAAUUAAACUGUAUUCACCUGUGUAAACAUGUACACACGUGUAUAAGAAAAUGCAUAAUACAUGUAUUCAUUUGUACACAUCCCAUUGGUUCUGUUUUUUUAGUGAGUUUUGUACAUAUUCUAAGCCUUUUGCUAUUCUACAUUUCCAUGAAAGUAUUGUACUAGGUCCUUGGAUUGUCCCCAGUUAUAAUAUAAGGAUUGUGAACUUCCAAUUGCUUGGAAGCCACUUAAAACUGUAAGAUUCCUUCUCCAUAACUCUUCUAUCAGGUCAAACAGUUGCUCAAAGCACUCAACCUCUUAUGCCAACAUCUACUUACAAGGAGGCCAAUACAUUGCCGUAUCUCCUUGUCCUCUGUCCUAUUAAACACUCUGUGAAACUCAUUCUGAAAGAUACUCCUGAGUGAGAUGGAAAAUUUACCUAACAGUAGUGGGAAUCAGGUGACCAAGUCAGAAUUCUAAUUCUAGGGCAUCAUUCCAAUUGUCUGGUGAUUUUAAAAUUUUAGCUUGUAGUGCCUUGGAAAGAACAGCAAAAUGACUUUACCAACACUUUGUAUAGUCUUUAAUUACUGAUGCUACAUUUUCACUUAUAGAAAAUUAUUUAACCUGACAAAUACUUCACAAGUUGAGAAAAUUAAA